CUAUUAGUCACGAGCUGCAAGGUAUCAAAACAAGCAUCCAAAAGUUGCAAAUCGAUGUCUCUGAAUCCGAGCGCCGGGAUAUUCACACUUGGCUGGAGAGGACAAAUCCGUCACGGCUACACAAUGCCGCAAUCAGCAAACAUGAACCGUACACAUGCGCCUGGCUAGCACGGUCCGCCGAGUUGGAAUCGUGGAUGUCAUUAACAUGCCCCGACCGAAUGCUUUGGAUCCAUGGAAUCCCUGGCGCCGGCAAGACAGUUCUGGCAUCUUUUGCCAUCGAGCAAAUGAAGCUCUACUGUGAAGGCACUACGAACCAGAAGUACGCCUACUACUACUGCCAUUACUCGAACGGCCAAGACGAAUCCCUGCCGCUCCUGAGUUGGGUUGUUUCCCAGGUAUGUCGGCAGUUGAGCUGGGCGCCCUCCCAACUCAAGCAGCUCCACGAUCGAGGCUGUGAGCCCACCCUCUCUGAGCUGCAGUACGUCCUGGAGCUUGCUCUAGUGCGGCUUGAGAGCCUUUUCAUCGUUGUAGAUGCGGUCGAUGAGAGCACACCUCGGGACGAGCUGGUGCGUUUGCUUGCUACCAUGACCCUGGAUAGCCGGUUCCAAAAGGUCCGUUUUCUCGCUACGAGUCGGAAAUACUGGGAUAUUGAGCGCUUCUUUUCCGGCAUCUCGAUAUCCAUAUCGAUGAAGAACCGAUAUGUCGAUGCCGACAUUAAGCGCCACAUUCGUUCGAGGCUCAACUCCAGCUUCCGUCUCCAGCGGUGGCGGGACUCUUUCCAAGAAAUUGAAGAUGCGCUGGUAGUAAAGGCUAAUGGCAUGUUCCGCUGGGUCGAUUGUCAACUCCAUAGCAUCGAGAGGCUUGGUGAUAAGACGAAACUCCUCUCCGUGCUGCAAGACUUGCCCCCAGACCUGAGCGAGACCUAUGUCAGAAUAUUCGACGCUAUCCCAGACGCCGAUCGGCAAUUCGUUUCUCGUGUCCUCCUAUGGAUCUACGGUGACUCCAGAGCACCUUGGCCAGCCCGUCGAGCUAUCAACGCAAAACUGCUACUCGAGGCAGUCACCUUUGACUUGUACGGCAGUGUCCCAGCCGGCGGAAACGGCGUCUUCGACUGGGAUUACCUCCAAGACCUCUGCGGCUGCCUCGUCACCGUCAAAAGCCAAGGCCGCCUCACCGAUGCCGCCGCUUGCUCCAUCACACUUGCCCACUAUACCGUCUGGGAGUUCCUGACUUCCUCGUAUAUACUUUCGACUCGCGUUUCCCAGUUUGCAGUAUCGACACAGGCCGUCUACCGAGAUUUCGCCACAAGCGUGCUCCGUCAGGCUCUUUCGGCGGAUCCCGAAGGCGAAGGAACGGACUGGCGGCGCGACCGGGACGCAUAUUGCCUGGUGCUCGGAUGUGCACUGAAAUCGGACAGGUACCUCCAAACCCCCGAAGACCUAGAGCUGUACUUUCGCUUCUUGGACCCCUGCAACCCACAUUACCGCCGGUUUCGAGCCGUCCAGUCCCGAGCUCUUCACAGCCCUUCGGACCGGGCAUACCGAUUCUCAAUUUUGAAGAUUCCCACCGAGUUCCGGGCACCAGAGGGUGCUGAAGAGCGAAACCACAUGGCUGAGGUUUUGCUCAACGCUCGCCUGCUCAACGAUUGGAUGCCCGGGGAGCAUGCGGCGUACACGACUCAUCUACCACCGGUCGGUCGACUGCCGCAGCACGAGGUCGAAGAGCUUGGAAACCAGCGGGUAGCAGGUAUCUUCUUGGGCCCGGAUGAAAAGGCGCCUGAGCAAGAAUUUAGAUUUGAUGGAAAAGUUUGGGAUAUCAAAGCUCCUCGUCGAGGAAGUCGUCCAGCAUAAUUAGACUAGUACAAACGCUGCGACCGCGAGUCGUCGAACCCAGGGGUGGUAAUGAGAUAGGCCUUUUUGUCCAUAAAGAUCACCU